UUUCGUCCCUUCUCCUGGGUCUUCGGAAUGGAAUGAAGGAUGGAUGACAGCAUCACGAUGGUCGCCUUCAGCACAGCAACAACCCUAACCCCUAUCUUUACGACCCUGUUCAGAAAUGACGUUUUUUCGGACCAAAGCCUGGGAGCUCUCGCGCCAGCGGCUUGCACUCUUCAGCACUCCGGUCCUCCCCCCAAUCCAAACAGAUACCCCGACAAAUGGCUUGUCGUAGGUGCAGCGCCGGCUUCGGCCAGCUACCUCAGAGGUUAGCAGCGCCUCUGCGGCACAGUAUCAUCUUAGACACCUCGCGGUCAUCAGCAUCGUCAAUAUGCGCCGGCGCGACAACGACGACGACGGCGGCGGCGGCGAACAAUCCCCUGCCCUCGAGCCCAUUCAGCUUGACGCUUGCGACAAGAAACCCCAGGCGAGCCUUGCACACGACGGCCCCCCUACAACAGACCGGCUGGAAGCAGGCACUUCUGGGCCGCGUCGCCCAGUCCCUGAUCCCGGGGAAGAGCACCUAUUACAUCUACGGCGUGACCGAGCGCAUCUCCAAGGCCUGCGCCGCCCAGGCCGACUACACCAUCGACGCGAAAGACCGCAAGGCCGGGACGCUGAAGACGACGGCCGACGGCGAGGAGAUUGGGGUCAGCAAGGGCGGGCCGUGGCAUAGCGAGAUCGGCCUUCUCCCCACGUUCAGCACCUGGGCCCACGUCACCAUGCUGCACAUGUACCUGCUAGUCGUGCGCUUCCGCUGCCUCGACUUCGACGCCCAGCAGGCCUGGCAGGCCCAGCUGGUCAACCACUUUUUCUUCCAGGCCGAGGCCAAGAUGGACGAGGUCCACGAACUGACGUCGCGCACGAUCCGCCAGCGCUACCUCAAGGACCUGUUCGUCCAGUGGCGCGGCCUGAUACUGGCCUACGACGAGGGCAUCGUCAAGGGGGACGCCGUGCUGGCCGAGGCCCUGUGGCGGAAUCUGUUCAAGACGCGCGAGGACAUCGACGUGCGGGCGCUGGCCGCCGUGGUGGCGUGGGUGCGGGCCUCGCUAGAGCAUCUGGGGCAGCUGUCGGACCACGCGAUCGAGCUGGUGGAUGAGGACACGUUCCCGGAGCUGGCGGCCCAGUUCAGGACGGUCGACCAGCCGACUGCGGCGCUGAAAGCCGCGUUCUACCAGGCGGGCAUCACACCCGGCGCGGGCGGCCGCUGAUGAUGUUAUGUGUACAGUAAUGUAAAAAAAAAAGAGCCACCACC